AUGAGAAUAGUAUUCCUCUUGGCUGUCAUUGCCAUUUGCUUGGCUGCACCAGCUCUUUCUACCUCACCAUCAUACAGAGAUCACUCACUCUGGACUAAAACCACCAGAGCCAACCCACAUGAAGUCAUCAACUUCCGUGUUGCCUUGAAGCAAAACAACAUCGAUGUCUUGGAAUCCGUCCUCCUCGACGUCUCCAACCCAAAAUCACACAACUACGGUAAGCACUGGUCUAUUGAACGUAUCUUGGACUUGAUUGCCCCAGAAGCUCAUUUGUCAACUGAAGUCGUCUUGUUCCUUGAGAUGCACGGUGCCUUCAACGUUGAGAACCACCGUGAUUACAUCAAGGCCUCAGCCCGUGUUGAGGACAUUGAAGCCAUCUUCAAGGUUAACAUGUUCAACUACAAGCACGUCUCCCGUCCAGACCGUAUUGUCCGUUCCGGUGCUGUCUACACCAUCCCAUCUCAAUUCCGUGACCUCAUCCAUAUGGUUACCGGUAUCUCUGAGUUGCCACACGUCAAGGCUCAACCAGCCCCACGUAAGUUGAAGGUCGGUGCUGCUGAUUCUGGUAUUGUUAUUCCACAAACCAUCCAAAACCUCUACGGUAUCCCAACUGGUUACAAUAACAACAAGAAUACUUCCCUCUGUUUGGCUGAAUUCCAAGAUGAUCAAUCAUUCAACAAGAAGGAUCUCAACGUCUUUGCCACCAAGACUGCCACCCCACUCAUCACCGUCACCAACAUUGUUGGUCCAUACUCUGGUUCUGACCCAGAUUUAGAAUCAACUCUUGAUGUCCAAUACGGUGGUGCCAUCGCUGAAACCGCCAACGUCUGGUUCUGGACCGUCGAAGGUUGGAUGUACGAGUUCGCCUCUGAUUUCUUCGGUACCAAGGUUGUCCCAUACGUUGUCUCCAUGUCAUGGGGAUGGCCAGAGACCCUCCAAUGCCAAUCUGGUGUCGGUAACUGUCAAAACGGUGAAACCGCUGAACAAUACGUUCAACGUGUCAACGCUGAAUUCAUCAAGAUCGGUCUCCGUGGUGUCACUUUGUUGGCUGCCUCUGGUGAUCAAGGUGCCCCAGGAGAUGGUGAUCCCGAAUGUGGAAACAAGAAGAAGCCACUCUCAACCAUCUUCCCAGGUGCUUCCCCAUACGUCACCUCUGUCGGUGCCACUAUGUUGCAAGCUCCAUCCGCCGCCGAUAAGCGUGCUGCCAAGAAGAACGUUGGUGCCAACCCACCAAUUUGCACUGGUACCCCAUGUGCUACCUCAACCACUGAAAUCGUCUGUACCUACCCAGAUGCUUUGAUCACUACCGGUGGUGGUUUCUCUGAUUACUCACCAGUCCCAGAGUGGCAACAAGCUCAAGUCUCUGCUUACUUGUCAUCCGGUGUUCCAUUACCAGCCUCCCAAUACUUCAACUCAACCAACCGUGGUUUCCCAGAUGUCUCUGCCCUCGGUCACAACUACGCUAUCAUUGCCUCCUCUCAAAUUGAACAAGUCGAUGGUACCUCAUGUUCAUCACCAGUCUUUGGUGCUGUUGUUGCCCUCCUCAACUCAUACCGUUUGAACAACAACAAGCCAACCCUCGGUUUCAUCAACCCACUCCUCUACUCUGCUCCAUCAUCUGCUUUCACUGAUAUCACUGCUGGUGACAACAAAUGUACCGAAUCAUGUUGCUCCAAGUUUGGUUUCACCGCCACCAAGGGAUGGGAUCCAGUCACUGGUCUCGGAACUCCAGUCUUCAAGAACUUGUUGGCCUACGUCCAAACCUUGAACUAA